AGGGCGAUAGUGCAAUAUGUCCAUGCGAACGCACAUGUAGAAGAAGAGCUACUUUUGCUCACGUUUCUACUGUAUGUGUGAGAAGUUGCUUGCUGGUUCAUGUUGAAAUAAGGUUUAAGACGGUGGAGGGUUGCCAUGGCAUCACGAUCAGGACCUCGAGCUACGGGAACAGACGGAAGCGACUUUCAGCACCGCGAGCGCGUGGCGUCACACUAUCAGAUGAGUGUGGCCCUGAAGUCCGAGAUCAAGAAGCUGAACAUCGCUCAUGCAGUGGUCUGGUUGCUUGUAGCAGCCCAGGUGGUGGUCAGUCAGCUGAACUUGGUUUCCCAUAAAGUGGUGGCCUCUCCGUACCAAUGGGAAUACCCCUAUCUUCUGAGCAUCAUACCUACGGUCUUCAGUUUCAUGUCUUUGCCAAAAAACAACAUCAGUUAUCUGGUCAUCUCAAUGAUCAGCGCCGGGCUUUUUUGCGUCGGUCCUAUUCUUUAUGGAGGGAUGGAGAUGUUCCCUGUGGCUCAGCAGCUUUAUCGGCACGGCAAAGCUUAUAGGUUCAUCUUUGGCUUUUCCGCUGUCUCUAUAAUGUACUUAGUUUUGAUUAUUUCGCUUCAAGUUCAUGGCUGGCAGAUCUACUAUAGCAAAAAGCUGCUGGAUGCCUGGUUCACCAACACGCAAGAUAAAAAGAAGAAAUAAGAGACUGCUGGAGGAUAAUAGUUUUUUUUUUCCCAGCUGCUUAUUUGUCUUUCUAUUCUGUUCCUGAUGGCUCUUCGAUCACAUACGUUUUUAUGAUUACCUGACUAAGUAAUUUGAGCUUAUGAGGAGAUCAGAUUCGUUAAAGGAUGUUCGGUGUCAAUCUUCUCAUCCACUGGCUCUUUGCCCAGAUCAAGACGUCACUGAUCUUCCGUUUCCUCUUAGGUUUGAACUGCAGGCUUUGUAAUGUCUCCAGCACAAUUCAACGUGCUGUUUAACAUCUCAAGUUGUAUUCACAAGGCACAUCUGGGAAUCGUAACCUCGAUGAGGAACCAGACGAUGUGUGAAGAGCCAAAGCAAGAGUCUGUUUACUAAAACAUUGUACGUCAGAUAUUCUGCUCUUUUCCACUAAACAGCUUUCAAUAAAAUUAUCAGAAAUUA